AUGCUUGCCUUGUCUUCCCUGAGCCCAUGUCAGCUGGGCAUGCGGUCCCUGAUCUUGCUUUUGUGCUGUCGCUUCAGCCUCUGUCUGAGUGCCCGGGGCGAGCUCAGCCUUGCCCAGCUCAGGACGGGAUCCUGGGGAGGGGUGCGCAGGGACCCCGACUCCAGCGGCCGUGGCCGGGCCCUCGCUGCUGUCCAGCCUGCGGCCGGUCUGCAGCCAGAGGCCCUGUCCCCUCUGCCCACCGGGCCGCGACCACCUCUGGCUAGAGCCCCUCAGUGUUUGGCCGAGGGAAGCGGGCACUGGCAGCUGGCAAUCAGUGCUGCAGAAGUGAUGGCCUUUCUGCAUUUGAAACGGCGUCUUUCAGCUUCAGGGACUCGGGUGUCAGCGCAGAUCCGUGGGACUGAAGGCUGCCAGGGUGUGGCAGGAAGACCGAAAGGGUCAUCGCAGCCACCUCUGUGUCUCUUCUGA